AUGAACAACAAAAAGGAGAAAAUAAGUAGCGACCACUCAUCAACUUCCAACAGCACAUCGUCACCACUCAACUCACCAAUGACAAUUGAAAAAGUUGUCUCUCGAUUUGAAUAUGUUCCCGAUGAAGAUUUGAGCAGCAGCGACGAGUCAGAUAUCGAACUUGAGGAGAAGGUUGACUACUUUGAGCACCUUUUGGACUCGUUGAGUAUGGUUGUUGAUAAAUACAAAAUUCUCAAAGUUCAGAAAGACGAAGCCGAAACGAAAGCGAGGGCGUCAAUCAAAUUAUUCAAAGAAAUGACAACUGAAAUGAAGAAAAGUUCCGAACGCCAGCAAAAGUUGUUUUCCGAGUUAAUUGAAGAGAAGGAAAACCACUCGAAGACACUACUGGAGCUUCAGAAAUAUGAGAAAAAUUACGAAGAUUUCACCGCUCGUGUUCAAAUCAAGAAUGGCAAAAUCGUCUUCGACAGGAUCGACAUCGAUGACGAGGUAAUAGAAAAGAAGUUUUACAGAGAACGAAGUAUCGGUCUUGAGAGGAAGAACAGUGAACUUGAAACCCAACUGAAGAAGAUGGGUGAUGACCAGAAAGAAACUAUCGACAAACUUUGUGUCAAAAUCAACGAUUUAAAUCAGCAGAACGUCGCGCUUGAGAAAGUUGUCGAAGAGCUAAGGUCAGCAAGUUCAUCCGCAGAGGGUUCAACCCACAACUCUGAGAGGAAGCCUCUUGCCAAGGGCAAAGGGACUGAGCUCAACUCUGUCCCCACGUUUUCCGCGAAUAUAAAGAUUCCGCCAUCGGGCAAUCUCGAUGUAAAUGAGAGAAUGAUGAAAAAAGAGAUAAAUUAUCUGAUGAACUCGCCGUUCCGGAAAGCCAAUCUCAGUAGAUCGCAAAAACUUGGCCUUUCUUAUUCCACCUCCAAGAUUGGUCUCUCACGAACGAGUUCCUCAAUUUUAUCGGCUGCCAGAAGAUUGAAUUUUGACAGCGAAAGUUCGGAAAAUGUGGAGGAAAAUUCUGAGAAGGUGCGGAAAGAGAGCACUGAUAAGGCGAGAAAUAAGACCAAAAAUCGGAGUGUAUUGACCCCAGUCAAGAUAGUCAGUCUCAAGGACGACACACUCUCGAUCGAAUUCCCACAUACCACCCCUGUCAAACCGAUAGUGGUACGGCCAAGCCCAGCAGAGAAAAAGAGGACGGUGUGUGGGUGUAUCUGUUUGACCAUCACGAUGGUGGUGACGUUUGUAGCAUUAACAGUGAUGGUAGCCAACAUUGUGGACAUCCCAAAUAGUUAA